CUAUGGUCCCAGAAAUCUGGAUCCUGAAGCAGGAUGAUUGUAGUAGAUUUAUGUUUUCAAUUCCAAAAUCCAUCAAUUUAUUAUUCGAAUGAAUGCAGGAUUUAAAUAAUCACAUAAAAACAAAAAUAAAACAACAAAAGUCUCUGGAAUUCUAGUUUAGCUUGAAUCAGGUGUUCCAAAAAAAAAAAAAAUCCAUUAAGCCUUCUUUGAUGCUGUCCCUGUGAGCCAAGAUAAAGGGAAGCUGGCGGAGGGUGCCAUGUUGUGACAGUCAGUCAAACAGAGUUUGCCAGCUUGCCACGGUGGACCCAAUAAAAAAAACAGACUUAAGGUCCCCUGGGCUGCACUACAGCUUCAGCUUGGUCGCAUCCUUUUCAUGUGGGUGCAUACCCAUUAGCUGCUAAUAGAGUGCAGCCAAGACAAUUAAAGGUCACUCUUAAUGACAAGGACCUUUGGGCUUUCUGGUGCAAAGGUUAACGGGCUGGCAAAUGAAUUAUGGAAUAUACACAACCAAAACUGUCCCGGAUCGUCCCUGUCUGCUGCGAGGAGAAAGAAACACAGAAUCUAAAUCGGGGACAACAUUGAGAUACAAUAAAGUAAUAAUUAAAAAAAACAGUCCGUAAAAUCUUUACAGGUUAUUGCAAUAAAUAGUUCAUUGUGCAGAUAAUGCAGGAAUGACAGCCUUGAGUAUGUGUCACUUAUCUCUUGUUCCUCUUUCCACUUGCCUGUCUGCAUAGGGAUAUCCUUUGGAACUCAUUGCAUAGGUUGUAAAAAUGUAAAAAUAGCGGCCAUACCUGAGAGAGCGGAGAAAGUACAUGUGAGGCUCACUUGUCUGACGGUAAAGGUAAAGCCCCGCCCAUGUGGUUGAGUAUGCGUGUAAUUCGGUUAUAUACACAUACACACACGUUCCCUCCAGGUGUCGACACAGCUUAUUCCUUCUCCUUUAACCAGGUUUCCUGUGUUCUGCUUUACACCUGGCUGCCUCCUCCGCCUUCUCUCUCUCAGGUCAGCCCUGGCGGGUAACCAACAGCCUUGACCUAAACUUCAGCACUGACAGAGAUAAGCCAACCUGAUUAAAGGACUUACCGAAUCAGGCAGAAAGGAUCGUUCCUUUUCACUACCGCUCUCCCAGACGAGAUGAACUCAGAGAGUGACCUCUACGAUGGUGUGAGUCGCUCCAGCGACUCCGCCUCCCUGAGCGUGCGGACGGAGGGCGGCAAGACACGCCGCUACGUGGGGAGGGACGGCAGCUGCCGCGUCACCUUCCGCCACUCCCCGGGGGGGUGGGGUCUGUACGUGACGGACAUCUUCACCACCCUGGUGGAGUCCAGGUGGCGGGUGAUGUUCCUCAUCUUCUCCCUCUCGUACAUCGUGUCCUGGCUUCUGUUCGGGCUCUUCUACUGGACGAUCGCGCUGGCCAACGGCGACCUGGCGGACGCGGACACCCGCCCGUGCGUGGAAAACGUGCGCAGCUUCACCGCCGCCUUCCUCUUCUCCCUGGAGACGCAGGCCACCAUCGGCUACGGCUUCCGCGGCAUGACCGAGAACUGCGCCGAGGCCAUCGUCGUGGUGACGGUGCAGGACAUCCUCAGCUGCCUCAUCGACACGGUCGUCAUAGGCAUCGUGGUGGCCAAGAUGGCGUCCGCCCGCAAGCGGGCGCAGACGGUGGGCUUCAGCAGCUGCGCGGUGGUCAACCUGCGCGACGGCGUCAUGUGCCUGUCUUGGCGCCUGGGCGAUUUCCGUGGCAACCACAUCCUGGAGGGCGUGGCCCAGGCACAGCUCAUCCGCCACGCGCCGCGACCCUCUGGGGCCGCGGCCCUGUCCUACCUGGACCUGGAGAUCGAGUGCGACCAAAUCAUCCUGGCCACGCCCACCACCCUUGUCCACAGGCUGGUGCCAGGAAGCCCCCUGUACAGGCUGGGCCCCGAGGACCUGCUGAAGGACGACUUCGAGGUGGUGGUGACCUUCACCUACACGGGCGACUCCACGGGCGUCCUGCACCAGACCCGCACCUCCUACACCCCCCCGGAAAUCCGCUGGGGCCAGCGCUUCCAGGACAUGCUGAAGGUGGGGAGGAGCCACUACCACACCGACUACGCCGCCUUCCACCAGACCGUCGCCGUGCCGGUGCCGCAGGUCAGCGCCGCGGAGUACGACAGGACGACGCCACGCCCGCUGACCGUCAACGGCUCCGUCAUUACCGUCACUUCUGCCACAAGCACCUAUCAGGAAGCCUGGCUGUAACACCCAGGGGGCCAGCUUCCAGUUCUCAAACUCAGCACCGGAAGUAAUAUCGCCCCCUGCUGAUAUCCAUGUUUUUCCGCUCAAAAAGCAAGUUUCCCCAUUGGGCUCCAUUCAUUUUUGACAGCAAAAUGAACAUACUUCCACUCAAAUAUUGAUGUUAACUCCGUGCGUUAUAUUGGGAAGAAAAGUCACUUAUUUGUUCCGAGGUAAAAUAUUUUUUCCUACCACAGACAAAGAUAUAAUUGUUUUAUUUAUUAUUUAUUUUAGCCAAUGUCUGUGCUAUCCUCGCUGUACGCGUGAUGUAGACACGUGACCAAGAACACAACUGAGCAUGUCCACGGUACUUCCUGGUUCUGAUGUGCUCCCCAUAGGUUUCUAGUACAUAUUUUAUAUACUCUAAGGCAGCGUUUCCCAACCUUUUUCCUUCCGUGGCACGCUUUCCAAAUUUACAGAAUCUCA